AUGGCCGCCGCCGCUACUGCCACCGAUUCCAGUCGCAUUCGACCUGGACAGUACUCUCGUCAGCACUCGGCCCUCUCUUCCUCAUCCGACCCUCACAGCUGCAAAGAAAAUGAUCCUCGAGCACACCAGCAGCACCAGCGGGGAAGGUCGACUGGCACUCCCUCUUUAGCACAGCCUUUGCCUAUAGAUUCUAAAUAUCGUCUUCGCGGCAACUCUUCUGACGACGUCGACAGCAGAGCGUCUCGCUCCAAGCUCAGCUCUUCCUCCAGCCCAAAGAAGGAACUGCGCAGCCGCAGUCGAAGCCGAAGCAGGCUCUUUGGCAAAGACAAGACCGAUACGCUCAACCGAGAAGCUGCUCCAGCUCAGUCGUACGCAGACACACGCACGCCCGAGCAGAUCGACUCCGACUUUGUCGACCUCCUCGACGAGCUCCAGGUGCAGCCAGACCUGCGUCAGAAGCUUCUUGGCCUCAACCCUACCGUCAAAGCGUCCAUGCUCCAGGGUCAAGCCACUCUGAGCCUGGCUGCUUUUGGUCUGGACACCUUGUCCUCUUCACCCGCAAAGUCGACCCGCAUGCCCAUUCCUGACCUCCUCAAGAAUCGACCAGCGAGUCGUCCAGGAUCGGUUCUCUUGCCUUCCUCUCCACGACCGGAUCAGCCCUCCACUUUGAACCACUCUGGCGACUCUGACGAGCUGAUGGCGGCCCCCAACACAGCCCAGCUGUUCGGGUCCGGGCCCCCUCGACAGGCCUCUUCUGGCUCAGCCAACUCCGGCUCAUCAGGCUCUGGACACACCAAGCAGCCUUCCAACGGCUCGCGCAUCGGCAUCCGUGACGCGUUCAAAAAGUCGAAUCCCAACUUGGGCCAGGGAGGAUCGUUCAUUUCUCUCGCUGCAUCCACCGCUGGCGGUACCAGCAGCGUGACUUCCACCGCACGACCUCGAUCCAUGUCCUUCGGCAAAGAGUUCGCAGCUUCCUUCGGCAAGGAGACUCCCGAGAGCUUUGCUACCAUGCUCAAGUGCACCGAUGCGAGCAGGAUCGACGUCGCCCGCGUCAAACGCAUGCGUGCCGUCUUGGCGGCAGAAUCCCCGAUCUGGAUCUCGACCUUCAUCGGUGCCGAGUGCGGCGGCUACGAUGCGAUGCUUGCUCGGCUCGAUGAGCUGCUGGCGAUGGAAUGGCGAGAGGAACAGCACGACGACAUGCUCCUUCAUGAGCUACUCCGCUGCUUUGUAGCGCUGAGCACUACCGAAGUCGGUCGCAACGCACUCGCCUCCCAGGCCCCUCGACCCUUCCGUCAACUGGCCGACCUGCUUUUCUCCGAGAAGAAACCUGGCGACCUCGGCACGCGCAAGCUUAUGAUCGAGCUCCUCUCCAUCCUUCUCGACCUUCAGCUUCCUGCCUCGCACUCUCAUUCCCACUCUUCGCUCAACUACCUCAUUGAGCUCCUUCAAAACCCGUCCGAUCCGGCCAAGGACUCGGUGGUCGACUUUAUCAAGCAGACCCAUGCUCCGCGUCCAUUCAAGGCCUACGUCGUCGAAAUCUCGUGCGUUUGCCGCGACUACUUCUGGAUCUUCUGCCAUUCGCAGAACUUCUACUGGCGCUUCGACGAGUUGUCGGACAAGAUCGACAGCAUCAAAGGCCCGAAAGUCCCAGGCGGAAUGACGGGUGGCGUCGAGUUCGAGGCGAUGGCCUACCUCACCGUGCACCUACGACUCAUCAACGCGGUGGCCAACGUGCUGGGUCAGAUUAAGUCGCACCAGCUUCCGCGACCCGCCAUGACGGCGGCGGAGUUCCACAGCAGUAUGUUUGCGUCUGGCCUCGAACGCGUGCUGGUGACGCUCAGGAAGGCCUCCCAGCACUACUACCCCACGACGCAUCUCGAAUUGGCAAGGUACCUGAGCCUAGCCCAGCAGGCAGGAUUUGCGUUGCCGUAUCACCUGACGGACUGGCUAGAGAGUCCCAAGCUCAAGCCUGCACCGCUGUUGCCGCCGCUGGAACUGCCACACUUGCACGCGCCUUCGACGAGCCAAGCCCUAGCUCCAUCCGCCAUCCCCACAGGGGGAGCGCCGGCGGGAUACGGUCUCGCAGGCGCAUUCAUCACGCCGUCUACUCCAGCACGAGGGUCCUCCGCCGUGCCAACCAGCCCGAUCGCCAACACGCCUAGGUCCGCCAUCCGAUCGCCCCCCGCCGCACCGCGCACGGCUUCGCGGUCACCCGACAAGUCAUCCCGCAAGCCAGACACCGACUCUUGGGACUUCACCACCUCCGACGACACCGCGCGACGAGUCGAAACAGUCCCCUUUGACCGCCUCAACUCCCAGUUCUCCCUGACCGAAGAAGAUCCGGCGGUAGGCAUGCCCUCCUCGUCCACCUCGCGCCGCAUCUUCGGCCUCACCGAGGCGAUCACGCAGGAUCUCACGCCGGCCAGAUUCGUCCAGAAGGCAGGAGGCAACGUGGUUGGUUCGGCGGUGCAGAUGUGGGAGAGCAGGAGCGUUGCGCAGCGGUCGCCGCAGAAGGGUCAGCGAUGA